AUGCGCUCCGCCGCGCGCCGUCGAUUCCGUCAGCUUGCAUUGAAGCUCCAAGACUUCCUUCUACCGCUCGCGCGUACGGACAGAUACACAGCCCCGAUGCGGUUGCUAUACACUACUGGCGAGGGGAGGCUCGAAUGGACCGAUGACUUGAUCGGAGACAAGAUUCCCUCAUAUGCGAUCCUGUCGCACACCUGGGGUGGGCAGGAGGCAACCUUUAAGGACCUUCGGCACUAUAGCAGUAUGGAGGAAGUUGAUGCGAAAGUCAAGGAGGGCUAUCAAAAGAUAUUCUUCUGCGCUCAGCAAGCUAAGCGCGAUGGGCUGGAUUAUUUUUGGGUAGACACCUGCUGCAUCGACAAGACGAACAGCCAAGAACUUCAGGAAGCGAUCAACUCUAUGUUCCGCUGGUAUCAGAACGCAAAGAAGUGCUACGUAUACCUUCCAGACGUUGAGUGCAACACCCCUGAUGCGGAUAGUGAAUCAAGCCGGAGGUGGAAGCCGGCCUUCAGGAAGAGCAAGUGGUUCACUAGAGGCUGGACGCUUCAGGAACUGCUUGCUCCUGCAUCGGUGGCGUUCUAUUCGAAAGAGGGAGAUCUGCUGGGGGACAAGCAGUCUUUGAGAGACACUAUUCACGAAAUCACAGGUAUACCUAUCGAGGCUUUGUCAGGGAAAGAAGUGUCCAACUUUAGCGUAGCUGAGCGGUUCUCUUGGGCGCAUAACCGCCAGACGACACGCCCAGAAGAUGGAGCUUAUUGCCUGCUAGGCAUAUUCGGCAUUCAUCUACCCCUGAUCUACAGCGAGGGCAAAGAGAACGCGCUGAAGCGAUUGGAAAAAGAGAUACGAGAGUCUUUCGACCAAGUCGCGAGUAUUCCUGUUGACAACACCGAUGCUCGCAGCCGAAACCAGGAGGAGAGGCUUGGCAAAAUCUUCAGCUGGCUUUCGGCUCCUGACCCGUCCACCAACUACCACAAAGCGCACAAGCAGCGGCAGGCUAAGACAGGUCUCUGGCUGCUAGAAAGCACAAAGUUCACAGACUGGAAGAGAAGAGCAGCGUCGCGACUGUGGCUGUACGGGAUCCCAGGAUGUGGAAAGACCAUCCUGAGCUCUACUGUUGUUGAGAAUCUGCUGCAAUACUGCCAUGAUGACACUAACAUGGUGACGGCGUACUUUUACUUCAACUUCAACGAUGCACAGAAACAAGAUCCGGAGCUCAUGCUGCGCUCGCUGCUCUGCCAGCUUGUGCAGCGGUCGGUCGUGAUACCUAAGGGCGUUGAUGCGUUGUUCUCAUCUUGCGAGAAUGGGCAACGGAAGCCAUCGUCACAUGCGCUUUUACAAGUAAUUAAGGAAGCGGCGCAAGAGUUCACGCACGUGUACGUUGUUCUCGAUGCUCUAGAUGAGUGUGCGCAGCGCUCGGAGCUGAUGGACAUGCUCGAAGCAGUGGCUGAGUGGCAGCUUGACAAUCUGCAUCUGCUCAUGACUAGCCGGAAAGAGCGGGAUAUCGAGCGCUCCUUAGAGGAAUACAUCAGGGAGGAGGACGCUGUAUGUCUUCAAAGGGACGUAGUGGACCAAGACAUACAGCGAUACGUCCAACAAAGGCUGCGUGUCGACAGGGGCUUAGCGAAAUGGAACAAGGACGCCGCUGUUAGGCAAGAGGUUGAGGCUGCACUAAUGCACGGAGCUUGUGGGAUGUUCCGGUGGGCUGUAUGCCAGCUAGACACACUAGGAAAGUGCUGCAAUCGAGCGAUGCUGCGCAAAUCUCUUGCCACUUUGCCGCGGACACUAGACCAGACAUACGACCGCAUUCUUACCGCGAUAAGCGAGGAAUAUGCUGAGUAUGCGAUGCGCAUUCUGCAGUGGCUGGCGUUCUCUGCGCGGCCGCUGUCCGUCGAAGAGGUCGCCGAAGUCGUCGCCAUCGACGUAGCGCGCGACCCAGCGUUCGACCGUGAUGAGGUGCUAGAAGACCCGCUAGAAGCGCUAAACAUCUGCUCUAGUCUAGUCACUAUCACAACGAACGAAGUGGACAGAAGACCAGGGUCUGCUCAACGGAUCGUUGCUCUGGCACACUACUCAGUGCAGGAGUACCUUGUGUCAGACAGGAUCAGGCAAGGGUCAGCAAAGCAGUACAGCAUGCAAGAGGCCGCAUGUCAGAGCGCAAUAACAAGAGGUUCUUUAAAGUACCUAAUUCAGCUCCAGCAACCAUUAGAAAGAGAGACACUACAGGUGUUUGCACUUGCGGGGUACUCAGCAGAAUUCUGGAGUAGCCACCUUCGAAAGACAAGGGACGAGGGAGAACAAGCCAGUCAGCUGGCGGCGACUUUGAUGGCCAAGGAAGAGCCUGCAUAUCUCAAUUGGAUCUGGUUGCAUGAUCCAGACCGCCCAUGGGAGAAACUAAAACUGGAAAAAAAUCUCGAUAGUAUACCUAUGCCACUUUACUAUGCAGCUCUGUUAGGCUUAAGUACGACUACAAGACUGCUGCUUGACGCGGGCGCCGAGGUCAACGCGCAGGGUGGACGCUACGGCAACGCACUGCAGGCAGCUUCAGAAGGAGGCCACGAGCAGAUAGUCAAGAUGCUGCUCGACGCGGGUGCCGACGUUAACGCGCAGGAUAGAGACUAUAGCAACGCACUGCAGGCAGCUUCAGCUGGAGGUCACAAGCAGGUAGUCAAGAUGCUGCUCGAUAAGGGCGCCGAGGUUAACGCGCAGGGUGGAGACUAUAGCAACGCACUGCAGGCAGCUUCAGCUGGAGGUCACAAGCAGGUAGUCAAGAUGCUGCUCGAUAAGGGCGCCGAUGUUAACGCGCAGGGUGGAGACUACAGCAACGCACUAUAUGUAGCUUCAGAAGGAGGCCACGAGCAGGUAGUCAAGAUGCUGCUCGAUAAGGGCGCCGAG